AUGACCGCGGAUGAAAAGACAGGUGUUGGGACGCACCAAGAACAUAAAAAUGAAAAGCAUGUGACCCAAGUUAAAGUGGUGAAAGGCGAUGAGGCUUUCGCGCAAGCAAUGUUGAAGGAGCCACCAAAAACAUGGUCAGGAAGAUCCUUCAUACUGUACGCUUGUGCGCUAGUGGCUUUCUUUUGCAGCACUUGCAACGGAUUUGAUGGCUCUAUGUUCAACUCUCUUCUCGCAAUGGAGCAAUUUAGGACGUACUUCAAUGUGGCUAACGAUGGUGCUUGGACUGGAAUCGUCACUUCUAUGUAUUCGAUCGGCAGUGUGGUAGCUAUUCCUUUUAUCGGGCCGGCGAUCGAUACUUGGGGAAGAAAGAUCGGAAUCUAUAUCGGUGCUUCAUCGAUUGUGCUGGGAACUAUAGUCCAAUCUACCACACUUCACUCGAGUAAUGUCAUUGGGCAGUUCAUGGGCGGCAGGUUUCUGCUUGGAUUUGGUUAUGUUGUCGAAACAUCGCAUCCUGCCCACCGAGGUGUUGUCACUGCUUUCUAUAAUACCUUUUGGUUUGUUGGCUCAAUUCUUGCUUCGGGAUCUGCACGAGCAAGUGCGGACUUAUCCGGUAACAGGUCCUGGCAAGUUCCAGUCUGGCUACAAAUGGCAUUCCCGGGUCUUUGUAUUAUCUUAGUAUGGGCCCUUCCCGAGAGUCCACGUUGGCAAUACGUACAUGGACAGCGAGACAAGGCGAAAGCGAUGCUUACAAGAUACCAUGGAGAAGGAAACCCAAAUAGCAUUUGGGUCGAAAUGCAGCUUCAUGAAUAUGAAGAGUAUCUGGAACUGGAUGGUGCAGACAAGAGAUGGUGGGAUUAUCGAGCACUGUUCAAAGAUAAAGCUUCAAGAUACCGUUUGGCAUGUAACUGCACAAUUGCCAUAUUCGGACAGUGGGCUGGCAACGGUCCAAUUUCAUACUUCAUUUCGGCUGUUCUUGAUACAGCAGGAAUUACGGAUUCCAUAACACAACUGAACCUCAACCUAGGUUUAAAUAUCAUGCAGUUUGGCUUGGCUUUGUUUGGUGCUUCCCUCGUAGAUAAAGUAGGUCGUCGUCUUCUGCUUCUAUUCGCAAACAUUGGAUGCGCUAUAGUAUGGAUCGGAGCUACAGUUUCAUCGUCCAGCAAUGCCAAUACAGGUAGCAAGAGCAGUGGCUCUGCUGUUGUGGCGAUGAUUUUCCUCUUCGACGCAAUUUUCAGUGUAGGUUUUACGCCGUUGCAAGCAUUAUACCCUGUAGAAGUCUUGAGUUUUGAGAUGAGGGCAAAGGGAAUGGCAUUUAGCAACUUUGCUGUGUCGGCAGCGACCCUCGUGAACCAGUUCGCAUAUCCUGUGGCUUUGGAGAAGAUCAAGUGGAAAACCUAUAUCGCUUUUGUGCUUUGGUGUCCAAUACAGGCGCUUGUGAUUUAUUUCUUCAUCCCUGAGACGAAGAAUCGUACUUUGGAAGAACUAGAUGAUAUCUUCCGAGCCAAGAACCCAAGGAAAGCAUCUCUUGAAAAGAAAAAAUUGGCACUUGACGAUAGCGCAAAUAUUAUCAAAGUGGAAGAAGUUAUUUGA